AUAAAAAACGACCUUGAGUUCUUGCGUCGUUGGCGUUUCUUCUUCUCCUUCUAUGUAACAUUUUCAUCUCUCGUCGUCAGCUUUCUCCCCUAAAAAUGAACUCCACCAGCAAUCCUGCCCGAACCCGAAGCGCACCGUUGUUGCAGCACAAGUCCAACUACCCCUCAUCUUGCACAAAGUCAUGAAGAUAUCACCCCCAUGCAUCAGGAAUUUAGAAAUUAAUUCAGUAGAGUUGUUGCAAGAUGAAGAAUGACGAGCUGAUCACGAAGAUGAUUUGAUAUGAUAUUGCGGAGCAGAUGAGGAGCCUUGUUGUGUGACUACGACUAUCAAAAAUAUAAAAAUACGAUGCAGAGCCUCGAAGAGGUAAACAAAAUGACGAAACCCACCUCAACCGCUUCGCUUCUCACCGGGUCCAGCCUGGCAGCCUCCUCCUCGCGGUCGCUCCGCGAGCGCUGCCCGACGCUGUGCAUUUCCGGGUUCGGGACCCGCGGCUCCUCCUUCAACGGGGUUUACGAGUGGCGAAACUCUGCCGGGAACUACAAGAAGCAGAACGGCAACUACGAGAUCACACCGGUUUCCAAUGUUAUGCAAUACAAAUUUCCCGUACAUUAUGUACAAGAUGCAUCACAAAUUUUUCUUAUUAGGAGCGUGAAACUUGUCAUGCUAAACUAGGUUCGAAGCCAAGUUUUGUCAUGCAGGCACCGCAUUUGUACGUGUGCGGGAAAUUUCCUGUGAAUAAAUGUCGGCUGGAUCGCCCAUACCUCCGACGGGGGGCAGAGAAACCCGCUGUUCAAGGUAUCAAAUGUAAAAAUGUCUGGGUCUGGAAGAUUGCCAGGUUUGUCAUGCACAUUUCGCAUGACUCCUCAUGUCUGUGAUGCAUGCCCUAGCAUCACAGAUUUUGUGAGGGCUUCCUGAUGCCUAUACCGCAUGACAAAUGCUCUUUCCUUGUAGCAAAACUUGGACUCUUUUUGCUGCUCAUGCAAUACAGAUUUUUUUAGAAUCCAAUAUCAGCAUGACAAGUUGGAUUCUUCCAGACCCAGACAUUUUUACAGUUGAUACAAGGAGUCCGGCGGCAACACGGUCGACUAUGAAGUGCAAAAGUAUAAUGAUCCUCGUACAUAUACUAACUGGAACUAGUCCUAGUGCGAAUUGCAUUACAAAUUGACUUAGCGUUAGAAGUUGAUGAAUUUCUCAUGCGUAUUUGCCUGAGGAAAGAGAUUUGUAAUGCUAAAAAUGCAUAUCACACUCAAUAAUAAUAAUUAGCUUUUGCAAUGCAUAUCGAUCUUGCCGUUACCAACGUGCCCCCAACGAAGUCCUGGACGCACCUCGGUACCGGGACGAAGUACCACAUCGAGUCUCAGUGUCUAUGCAUUGCAAAAGUAUCGUGCUCGUAUAAAUGCAUUACAAAUUUCCUUAGCAUGAGAAAUAAAAUUUGUAAUGCAGAUUUGCCUUGGAAACAAGAUUUGUAAUGCAAGACUUGCAUUUGUACGAGUGCGAUACUUUUGCACAGGAUAGCGCUGCCACCUGGGCGAUUCGCUGCUCGACAGCGUGUUUAACGGUGGAACCGGGACGCUGGACGGGUCCUCCGGUGACGUCGGCGCGAUAUGAAAUGCAAAAGUGUCUGGGUCUGGAAGUCGAAUGCAAGUUUGUCAUGCUUGUCUGGCAUGACUCGAGAAUCUGUGUUGCAUAGUCACGAAAGAGCCCUCUUAACUGUCAUGCGAAAAGGCAGCUUGCCAUGCGGAUUACGUAAGACAUGGCAGCCACAAAAUUUGUCAUGCAUAGCUGCGUAUUGCGGCGCGUGGUCUAUCAUUCACUUUUAGCAUUACAAGUUUCAUCCAGACCCAGACACUUCUGCAUUUCAUACGCGACCGUGUUUGUCUAUUCGAUGUUCGUCCUCUCUUAUCGCAAGAAAAAACUGUCUCGGCAAAACAAGAAAAUUGUGAAGGAAGAAUUAAAAAUAAAGAUCAUUCGUUCUUCAGAUAGCAAGCGAAAACACAUAUAAAUGAAAUACGCCUCUCUUCCAUGAUCUCCAGCAUCGCAAGAACUACCUGUCCUCUCACGAGAUAGGAAGUCGCACAGUAACUUUGCAAUUUGAGACUGAGACUGAGACAGUUUUUUCUCACGAUAUUUCGCUCGUCGCGAUCGUGGGCUGUUUUUGCUGCAUCAAGCGGUCCAAAGUGCACAAGAACAACUACUGGCUGGCGUUCUUGCCGGGGCUGGGGCGGUUCGAGCCCUAUUUCCGGUUCAAAAAGAAAACCUUCGAGUUGGACGCGGGGAUAAAGCGGCACAAAGUGAUUUCCCCACGGGAACUAGAAGAAACCGUGGAAACCGUGGAAAAAGCAAUUCGAGAGGGGCAGUUGCCGCAGCAGCUAUCCACUGGAAAUACGUCUGGGUCUGGAACACCCAGUGGAGCUUGUCUUGCAUGUUUUGCAUUCGUCCUGAUAAAUCUGUAUUGCACAGGAGCCCGCAAACAAGGUGCCAGCGCUUUUUGGUCUACGCAUGGCCCGGCGCCAAGAAUUAAACUUUUCUUGCUUGGCUGCACUUGAGAGCGCCAGACUUGCUUCCGUUCUCUGGCAUCACAAGUUCCAUCUAGAGCGAGAGCCAGAUGACAACAUAUUUGCAAUGCAUAGCAGCAGGUCGUCAUCAACGUUUUGUCCCCCGUAUCCUGUGCAAAAGUAUUGCAUUCGUAUGAGUGCAAGUCUUGCAUUACAAAUCUUUGUCUUAAGGCAAAUCCGCAUGCCAAAUUUUAUUUCUCACGCUGAGGAAAUUUGUGAUGCAUUUAUACGAGUACGAUACUUUUGCAGUUCAUACCCCGCGAAGCAGCAGCAGCUGCAGCAGCAGGGGGUGCUGAGUGCGGGGCAAAGCAUCAACUUACCGGACCAGUCGCCGGGCGCAGCGAGUCUGCGGUCGAAAAGGUCUUUGUCCGUGGAUACGGCUGGUACUUACAACAAGUCAGUGUGUGCACUCCUCCCAUGUUUCAGUUUCUAUAUAGAUGUCAUGCUGGUCGUUGUACAGAGGGUUUUGCACUCACAGGAACGCCUGUCAUGCAGCGGAUGUCGUCAAUUCUUUUGAAGAAUCUAGUGCUUCCAACACAACUGCAGGUAACCAAACGAACCGGUCUUCCAUCUUCUCCCCAGAAGCACCCGGAAGCGUCCUAUCCACAAGAAAAAACCCAUCCCCAAGAACAUGAUCCAUUUUGUUCAUCUGAAUCACAAACUACACUUGCUGUGAUGGAUUUGCAUGAGGUUUUGCAUAUACAAAUUGGAUCGGCGGGAUAAUGCAGGUUUUUUCCCUGUGGAUACGUCCCUCGACAACCCUACCCGUUACCGGACACACUGGAUCAGAUAGGGGUGAUGCACCAAACCGCCUCGCCCAAUAAGUUCGUCCACUACGAAGAUUUUAGCCCAGGACCGUGGGAAUGCGAGCUGUGUGGGUACCGAAAUCCGGGCCAGUGCACGAAUUGCCACGCAUGUCACCGGGUUCGGGGGUAAGUGAAAUAUGUACUUACUAUGGAGGUGCAAGGGUUGGAACGCCUCUUCGUCUUCCACCUUCGUAGUAAGCGUAUCAUUGCGAGAGAGUUAGUACUUUCGUAAUAUUAUAGAGUUGUUGUAGUGUUGUAGUUUCACUUGAUAUCGUAGGAGAGCACGCUAAGUCUUUUGAACUUGAAGUGACAAUAUACAUCAAAAAUCUUCUACAACCCUAGGUACGUCCCCCGGCGCGCGCACCGAAAAUCGGACAAAAACAAAUUCCAAACUGUGGACCAAAUGGUGAAGCAGACGCAACGGGCGAUGAAAAAGGCCCAGCCCGAGAUUUUUGGCAGUGUCGACGACGCGACCACGGAUGACACGCGGUCGGUGGUGUCCCUGGACUCCUUGAACGACGGCUUAAAUUCCGUCGACGGGAGAUAUCGACAGUAAAUUUCCCCUACACGUACAAAUGCAGUCUCUGCAUGACAAAACUUGCCUUCAAUCCUAGUCUAGCAUGACAAGUAGGACACUACAAGUUAGCGAAAUUUGUCAUGCAUUUUGUACAUGUACGGGAAAUUCACAUUGCAUAGUUGAACGAACCAGACCACGAGGGGAACGUCCUUUUACGUGGACAAACCCAGUCCGCUGAAAACAAGACCGAAAGAGACGACGGAUGGUAGUUAUAAAUAGGUUUUGCUGUCGUAUGAUGAAGCUGUAGAUGUAGAAGUAGUCCUCGUGUAACUAGCAGCUCCCCUCCUGCUCGUCGAGUGCAUGAGUGACAAAAGUAGAACCCCGCCAUUCAUUUCCCUUAGUAGUUGAUUUAUUUUCCGCAUGACAAACUAAACCAGCUAACUGGGACGGUUCUAUGGAGCGGCCGAACGCGGACGCAACCGGCUUCCUAUCAAAACUGAUUUUUUUUCUCGUGCGCAUACAAGUGCAGUUUUUGCAUGACAAAAGUAUUCUUCAGUAGUUGUAGUUGGCAUGACAAAUAAUGAUAGGAAAAUUUCCAAACGCAUUGGCAUUUUGUACGUGUUCUGGGGGAAAAAUAAAUUUGUAUUGCAUACUUCAAGUGGUUCCACCCCAAGGGGACGAAAUUCGACGGAAAAUUUAAGGACCGCACGGACGAGGAGCAUAGGAAGGAAAUCAAGAAGCAGCUGGAAAAGAACGGCGGAAAGGCUUUGAGCCCAACAGCAUUGGCGCAGUUGGAAAAGAACAGCCCGCAGGCCAAGCGGGCGCUGCAGUACUGGGAUCAGUUGAUGCAGGGGACGUAUCCGGGGCCGGUAUAAUACUAUCAAAGAUUGGCAUUGUAUUGAAAAAUCACCAUCGCGAACGCAAUUUUUUUUUGCAAGAAUGCAAAAACAAGUUUUAUCAUGCGCAAAGAUGCAUCAUACGCUAAUCUCGUCCUCUAUGUUUUUGCAAUACAAACUCAACCCAUUCAGGACCCGCCACCGCUCGACGAGCAGUUUGCGAACAAGGUUCUGAGUACCACAGAAAAAACAAGUGUUAACGUUAACGGAAUUUGAUGCAGUAAUGCUAAUGCAUCAGAAGAGGUGCCCAAAGCCAAACUUGUAUUGGUAUUGCAUUUGCAUCGCAUGAUGCGUUAUGGAUUGAGGGCAAAAUUUGUAAAACCGUUAACGUUUUUAACACUUUUUUUGUUUGAUACUCAGUCAGGUCACGCAAGACAAGAACGAGCAAAAGGUUCCCAAGGUGACCAGAGACAUGCGGACGCGGGAGCGAAUGUUGCACGACUACGUGGAAAGUCCGGAAAAGAAGCAACAAGCUCGCUCGCCGUCAAAAGGAGACAACGGCGCGACCGCUGAAACAACAACAUCAAACAAGAAGAGCAAGAAGAAAAAAUCUUUAUCAGUGAAGGAGCAGCACAUUAAAUCCCUGCAGUUCUUCGAGAAUCCCGAAGUGGAAGCAGCAGAUAUGGGAGUGUCAGGAUCGAAAUCGUCAAAGGUGAAAUAAUCUGUAAUGCAAAAAAGCGAUACCAGCUGGGGCCCAGUUUGCACGUGGCGCAUGGCAAAUUUUGGCAGUAUGGAAAUCCAAUUUGUCAUGCUGUUUGAGCAGAGAUGGCUGCUUUUGCCAUGCUACUUUAUCUCUAGAAGCUCUAUCUCACACCCCAAGCAGGCUUAUAAUCGGCCUCAGUUGCCUGCUCUGUAAGACAGGCACUGUGCGUCUAGCAUUUUAUGCAUCACAAGUUUUUUCAACUUUGUCAAUUUCGAUCCUGACACCCCCAUAGCAGAGAAGGAAAUGCUAGAGAACCAGAGUCCAAAAUCCACCGCCAACAUGGGUUAUUCUGUGCAAAAGUAUCGCACUCGUAGUAAUUAUUGCAAUCAUGCAUUACAAGUCUCGUGCUUAAGGCAAAUCUGCAUUACAAAUUUCAUUUCUCAUGCUGAGAAAAUUUGUCAUGCGAUUUAUACCAGUACGAUGUUUUUGCCUUGCAUAUGGGCGGGAUGAAUUUCUCGCCCAAAGAAGACCUCUACAAAGACUCGGAGGAAGUCGCCGCGCUGCGCCGCGCGGGAUUUUCCAAGGAUGCAGUCAGGCAAUUCCAGGAGAGGGAGGAGGUGUACGAGCAGAAACGGUUGGACGGGCAGAUCCAGCGGAAAGUGCCGGCGAACAUGUUUGAUAAGAAUGUCUACAACGAAUCCACGUCGCCGGUUAUGAUCCUGGGAAAAAGUGUCGUAUGGACGUACUAGUGAUUGCAGUCUAUGUAUGAAGACACUUUGUUCUUGCAACUACCUGAAGUAGCAUGACAGAUUUCUUUUGUCCUUCUGAAAAAAAUAUGAUGUCUAGUUGCAAUUCCAAUUUCUACCAUGUGCGAUACUUUCGCAGUGCAUACCGGUGAAACGAAAACUGAAUCAGCCAGAGAUGAACGUGAACGAAAAAAUGCUCGCGAACCAGAAGAAGGUCACCUCGCAGUUGAUCCAAAAGUACACGUCGAACGAGAACAUGGCGACCAGCUUCGUUAUGGAAGUGUCAGGUUUGAAAUCGUCAAAGUUGAAAUAGUUUGCGAUGCGUAAAAUGCUAGACGCAAAGCGCCUGUCUUGCAGAGCAGGCAACUGAGGCCGAUUGUAAGCCUGUUUGGGGUGUGCGAUAGAGCUGCUAAAAUAGCAUGACAAAAGCAGUCCUGUCUGCUCAAACAGCAUGACAAAUUGGAUUUCCAUGCUGAUGCUGCCAAAAUUUGUCAUGCGCCACUUGCAAACUGGGCUCCAGCUGGUAUCGCUUUUUUGCAUAUACAGAUUAUUUCACCUCUGACGAUUUCAAUCCUGACGCUCCCAUAUUCGUCCAGGAAACGGAAACCCUGCAAAAUCCGGAGCGGGAAAGCUACAAAAAGUGGAACAAGAGCAGCCUCAUGUCGCGCUGGCUACCCGGUGUUGGAUCGAACAAAAAAAAUGCCGCACAACCCCCCCCGCCCCCACCGGUCCCCGGGAGAGACGAGGGAGACAAGCGGAGUAGGAGUAGAUCGACAUCGAAAGAAAACAACAACGGCCUGACUUUACCACUGCAGGGGGAAAACAACAAUCAGUACUAUGAUGUUGGCGACGGAAACGCCAAUGCUGCUGCUUACCAGCAGCCUCGGACGGAGCAAAUUGUCGCCGCGAUAGAGGAAAAGGAAGGUGGUUUUCAUCUCCCCUACUCGCCUGAGAUGGAGAAACUAAAACAACAGAAUCAGCAGCAGACCAUGCAUAAACCAAAAAACCUGCACAAUCCGCCACCCCUCCCCGGUAUGCAGCAGUUCUCCGACAAUUCUCGGGAGCCGCCGCGAAAAGUCACGACCGGCACGAAUUUCUUCCCUCCCAACAUGCACGAGUCGAACCGGUGGCAGAACAACAAGGACAUGCUCCAAUUGCAGAAGGACCGGGGACAACUGCAGGAUCCUGUGAACAAGCAGAGUGCAAGCUCAGCUUUGCGACCGACCGAAGCAGAUUCGCGGGACGACCUCAUCAAUUUUAGUCGCCCGGACCCCCCGGGGAAGAAAUUGACGAAAGUGGCGGAGCAGGGAGCAGCUUUAGAAACGCAGGAAAUAAGAGAACAACACGAAAGGCAACAACAGCCGCCGAAUACUGUUCCCACACCGUCCCCAGCGAAGAAUAAUGCGAGGGGGAAUACUAGAAUUAUAACCGACCCCAAUCUGCAGCCGAUGUUACCCAGAAUGGACGAUUUGAUCUCCGAUUUGAAAGUGAAAAAGGAAAUGGAACAGGCAGGAGAAACACUAAAGACACAGAAAGACAACAACAAGCCGCAACCACGAACGGCAAGUAAAACGAGCAAUAGCAGUACCAGUGCGCAAAACUUGCAGCCGCCGGCGGUACUACCACCAAGCGGGGGGAACAACAACCAGUUGUACGACUACUCGAGCUCGGAUGAUGAAAAAUACAACAAGCUUCCGAGUGCGGCGUCGAAGAACCAAAGUCAACAAAAAUCCUCUUUUUUCGGCCGGCUGUUCGGCGGCGGUGGUUCAGCAGCAAAACCACAACCAGGAGGUGCCGGCGCGCAGAACAGUAGUCGCUGGGCCGUGGACCAACAACAGCAAGACGGUAAAUCCUCGAAGAAAUACGAGCAGAAGGAACCAACAUCGAAAAGCAAGCGGUGGUUGCAGCCGUCACCUUUGAAGAAGCCGAACGUGCUGCAGGAGCAUGAUCCGUAUGAAUUGCAAAAAUAUCUUCGAACUGGUCCUGGUGGUAAGUAUCGCAUCUUCAGAAAUUUGCUCAGCAUGACAAAAAAUGGAGUUUGGCAUGCAGAAAGUGAAAGAGAUUCAUUUGUCAUGCAUAAUUGCGAUAAUUACUUACUAGCACGAUACUUUUGCAGAGGAUAACCCGCACGAAAACGCGUUCACGUACGAGACGGAUUCGGGCACUUUGGUGACCAACGUGAUGGACAUCCACUCCGUUUCCGAUGACAAUUAUGGUGGCGAUCAUUCUGGUGGUGGGCGUCAAGAGCAAGACCGGAACAACUACGACGCCGCCAGCACCCUGACUGGAAAAGUCUCCGCGGCAAACUCUGGAUCUGUGGACACGACGAAGAACGACAGAAUCAGCAGAGACGAUAGUCCGGCGAAACCGCAGCCGUCCUUCUGGGACCGGUAUCCACAAUAAAUAACUUCCCGUACACGUACAAAUACGGUCUCUGCAUGACAAAACUUAGCUUCGAUCCUAGUAUGCUCGCAGGACAAACAACAAAAGUAGAAGAUUGGUGAAAUUUAUUGUGAUGCAUCUUGUACAAAUGCGGGAAUGGAAAUUUGUAUUGCAUACACGGAUGCUCAAAUCAACGAGGACAAAAGGAAAAAUCAUCGCGGAAACGGAGCACAAGUCCGUUGUGAAAAAAUCGGCUCUGAAAAAGGACAGCAAAGAAACAGGCGGAAAGCAAGUGAAGAUCAACAGCAAAAUCGAGCGGGUUCCGACGCAGAGAGACGACUCCCCAAUGGCAGCGGGUGGCGCCGGCGCCCCGGGUACUAACAACAAUCAGAAAGGAACUGCUCCGAAGAACAAGGCAGCGCAGCGGUUUUUGGUGCCGUCGGUCGGCAGCUCCGCGGGACGAGGGGGUUUUGACCGAGCGAAAACAAACUUGAACAGCAACAUGAACGAGCUGCAGGCGUUUUUGAGGCAGGAAAAGGCGCUGCACAAGUAGGAUUUUUUACUGGAAUAAAGCUGCUUGUUGAAGUACUAGGGGGGAUCCUCGAGAAGAAUCGCUGACUACAAGUGUUGAGAUAAGUAUAGAACGGAUUUUUCUACAGCAGGAACCACAGCCAGAGAAUUAUCUCCAGGAUUCUUACACUUUUUACGUAUGAGUUGCAUGGGCUCUUUUGGUACCGCUACCGUACUGCAAGGGCCGCUACGCAACUUCUUUGAGCAGACGACGUUUGAUUCUAUCUACUCUCCAGCGCAGCAUGACUCUUCUACAACUACAGUCGUUGCGCUAAGUAAUUGAACUUUUCAUUUUUCAACCGCGAACUUUUUUCCUGGAUCCGUUUCUCAAAUAGACGACAAAGCUAGAGUGUGAAAAAAUGUUUAUCCAACUUCAAGAACACCGGGACCGGCCUACAGAGCCAGAUAUUUGAUGAACUGCUAGCCGAAAUAUAGUGACAGAUAUCUUCGCGAUCCUGAACUUAGUAAAAAUCAAAGUCCUACAUACCUCAGGACAACUCGACGAAUAUUGAAGCUGCCAGAACUGCUAGUGAAGAUAGAUUUUCACACCGAUUCUCUAGUUGCAAACAAUUAGCGAGCCUUUUUUUGAGUCACGAAGGACGACGUCCAAAUAAAUCGACGAAAGUGCUGUAGAUGAACCAACAGCGACAGAAUCUGUACAAAAAUUCUGAAAAUGAUUCUUCUCAGAGACCACCACAACGACAAUAUGAGUGUAGGCACGUACUACCACCCUCAGAGAGCUGCUUUUGAGAAUAUAGAAUGUCAAUUUUUUUAUCCAGCAU